AUGUUAGAGAUUGUCGAUCAGCCGCGGCCAGGCGGGCACUCGACCACGGCAGCCACGGGCGCAAAGGUCACCACGGCCGCUGCAUCCGACCGACAACUCGCCGACAGCAAUGGCAACGUGGUGGCUGGCGCCGCUGCCGGGGCCGAACCCCUGCCGGUAGCCAUCAUCGACGGACAGAUCGACAAGCAGAGCUUCUCGUACGUCUGGCGGACUGGUGUCGCAGGCGGCCUGGCUGGAUGUGCAGCAAAAACGAUCGUGGCUCCCCUCGACCGCGUCAAGAUCCUCUUCCAGGCCAGCAACCCGCAGUACGUCAAGUACUCGGGCUCGUGGGCCGGUGUCGCCCAGACCAUGCGCCUCAUCUACCAGCAGGACGGCCCUCUCGGCCUCUUCCGUGGCCACUCCGCCACUCUGCUGCGCGUCUUUCCCUACGCUGCCGUCAAGUUUCUCGCCUACGAGCAGAUUCGCUCCUUCAUCAUCCCCCGCAAGGAGCACGAGACCCCGCUGCGCCGCCUGCUGAGCGGCUCGCUGGCCGGCGUCACCUCCGUCUUCUUCACAUACCCGCUCGAGCUCAUCCGCGUACGCCUCGCCUUUGAGACCCGUCGGGACACUCAUUCUUCGCUCCUCUCCAUCUGUCGGCGCAUCUACGUCGAGCAUCCGGCGACUGCGAUCGCAACCGCAACCGCCACUGCAACCACAGCCACAACCGCCUCGUCAAUGGCAAAAACACCAUCUCUUGCGCCUCCCCGCUCCGGUAUCAUCAAUUUUUACCGCGGCUUCUCCCCCACCAUCCUCGGCAUGCUGCCCUACGCCGGCAUGUCCUUCCUGACCCACGACACUUGCGGCGACCUGCUGCGCCUACCGCUGGUAGCAGCCUGGACCACCCUCCCCCAGCCCACCAACGCGCCGCCCGGAAAGCCCGCUCCUUUGCGCGCUUGGGCCGAGCUGCUGGCCGGCGGCAUCGCUGGUCUCGUUUCCCAGACUGCGUCCUACCCUCUCGAGGUCAUCCGCCGCCGCAUGCAGGUCGGCGGCGCUGUCGGCGACGGCCAUCGCUUCAACAUUGCCGAGACCGCUCGGCUGAUCAUGCACGAACGCGGCCUGCGCGGCUUCUUCGUCGGCCUGACCAUUGGCUACGUCAAGGUCAUGCCCAUGGCUGCCGCAGCCUUUUACACGUACGAGCGGCUAAAACGGCAUCUUGGCGUCUAA